AUGCCAGAGAACGGCAAGGACGUCAAGUCCGAAGCGCAAGAGGACAAGGAGAAGCCUGAGAAGCCCGAGAACAAUGGCGGCCAUGCCCACUCGGCAAAGAGCCCCAAGAAGCGCCGUAAAGUGAAUCACGCUUGCGUCUACUGCCGGCGAUCUGAACGACCGUGUACGCGAUGCAUCAAGCGCAAUAUCGGCCACCUCUGCCACGACGAGCCGCGCGAUCCCGACUCCAAGAAGGCCAAGAGCUCGCACGCCCCCUCCGCCGCUGACGAGUCCGAGACGACACAAUCCGAGCUCGCGCGAGGCUCCAUAGACCAAUCCGCGGCCGGGUCCAUGGGCCCGCCGCCUCCUUUCGACAGAAAAUCGUCUGCUUUUGGCGCUGCCGUCUUGGGCCAGGGGAACCCGCUGCACCUCGUGUCACCGGGCUCUGUCUCUGGCAUGCCGGGGAACGGCAGCAACAUGAACCAAUUCGCUGGAUUUUCCGACGCCUGGUUGACGGCCCAGAACCACUACCACGACAUGCAGAGCUACCACCCCAACUACAUGAUCGCCCCUGAGGUCACGCAUGAGUUCAACCUGCUGAACGACUUUUUGCAAACGAGCCUGCUCGAUGACGGCGGCAUUCUCUCCGACGAGUCCCAGAACAGCCCCGCGUUCAGCAGGACAGCGGGCGCCAACGACAUGCUGCCGACCUUUGGAAACCACAACAACAGGGCCGGUGCCGCCGGCAACAGUGCGCUCUCGCAAAUGCUGCCGCCGCAGAAUCCCGAGCCGGGAAAGGCGAUAGCGCGGCCCGGCAGCGUCAUCCAAGGCGACAAGGACAAGGCGCGCGAGUACUACCUCCAGGCGGCCGACCCGUCAGGCAAUGACACCCCCGAAGAGCGCAUGGACCGUGUGCUCAAGGCCAAGUACGAAGCUGGGCUGCUGAAGCCGUUCAAUUACGUCAAGGGAUACGCGCGGCUCGGCACCUACCUGGACAGCCAUAUUGCGCCGUCAUCGAAGCAGAAGAUCCUACGAACCAUUGACCGAUUCCGACCCAAGUUCCGCGAAAAGGCGCAGGCUCUGACCGACAUGGAGCUUCUCUAUGUAGAGAUGUGGUUUGAGAAGCAGCUCAUGGAGUACGACCGUGUGUUUGCCAGUAUGGCUGUCCCGGCGUGCUGCUGGAGGAGAACCGGCGAGAUCUUCAGGGGCAAUAAUGAGAUGGCGGAGCUCUUGCACGUCCCAGUCGAGAACCUGCGAGAUGGCAAGAUCUCUCUACACGAGAUACUGACGGAAGAGUCUCUCGUCCGGUACUGGGAAGAAUUCGGAACCAUCGCUUUCGACCCCGCCCACGACACGCUGCUCACGGCCUGCACGCUCAAGAACCCAGACGACAAGGCGACUGAUCCGGUGGUACACUGCUGCUUUUCAUUCAUGAUUCAACGAGACAAUCACAAGAUCCCCACCCUCAUCAUUGGCAAUUUCUUGCCCAACGAUCCUGCUCGGCCGUAA